AUGGAAGCAUGGACAACCGGAAGUAACCCAGGGUUGUUGUCCCUCACUGGAUCAAGCCUUCCAGGUAUUCUCAACUACUCGGAUCCACUUUUGGCCAAGAUCCUUGGAUCCAAGAAAGCAUUAAAGUUUGCAUUAGAAACUGCAGCCAACUCAGUUGAAACUGAGGCAUUGGGUAAAGAUGACAAGAAACUUUUCAUAGAGUUCUUGUUAGCAGCAUCCGAGGGUGAUUUGGUCACUUUGGAGAGCUUGUUAAGAAACAAUCCCCAGUUGGUGAACAAAUUGUAUCCCACUGAUGAUCACGGGGUAAGUGCAUUGGUGUAUGCCAUCUGCUUUAACAACCAAAGUGUCAUUGAUAGUUUGUUAUCCAACUAUAAUGCUGACCCUGAUUUGUUUGACACGUUGACAAACUAUACACCAUUGAUGUGGGCCGUGCAUUUUGACCAAUUGGAUACCAUUAAAUUGUUGUUGAACCACCAGGCCGAUCCGGAAUUAUCUCCAAAGGACGAUGGCAAAAAUGCCAUCAGCUUGAUCAAUCCGGAGAAGACAGAAAUUUAUGAAUACUUCAAGUCUCACAAUUUGUUAGGCAAAAGUUCGGGUAUCACAGAAGAAGAUACUUUUUAUAAGUCAACAGCUUUCGAGCAAGAAGAUCCCAUAGUAGAUGAUCUUGCUACCAAGAUCAAGCUACAAAGUAUCACUGCAAGCUCAGCGAUUGGAGAAGAAGAAGAAUCCGAAUCGGUGUACGAGGAGGACGAUGAAGCCCUAUUAGCCCAGGACCCAGCUAUUAGAACAUUGCCUGAUUUCGAAUACGAUAAGCUCUUGCCUGAGCAAUAUAUAAAGUUCACAGACAGUGACAUCCCGUCAUUAUUGGAUUACAUAUUCAGCUUAAGAACCAAAAGAAUCCAAUUCCAACACGACACGAGGGUGCCUGCUGCUAUAGUCUUCCAGCUUCUUCGUUAUUCACAUAUUAAAGUCCAAAGUGAAGAGUUGAGCAACUUUCUUUUCGAUUGCUUUACGGCCAGAUUAAGAGCGGUUACUAAUACUAAAUCUGGAGUAUUCAAUAUGGCCACACAAGAAGCAAAUGGGGGUUCUUCUGCCCAAGCAGGUGGUGGCGACAUUGUAUUAUUGAGCUACUGGUUGUCGGUACUUCAAUUCCUUCACUACUACUUGGGGAAGAGUGAAACCUAUACUUCUUACCCAAGGUUUUUACAAGAGAUCAUCAAUGUUGUUCAAUCGUUAGUUGCCACACUCUCAUUGUCUAUUAACUCAAGAUUGAGCUUGCUAGUAGAUGAGUGUUUGUUAGACUUCACCAGCUUGGUUGACGUUUCAAAUGUUUUGUAUGCUAAGAAUUGGAACUUCUUUAAGAAUAAAAAAAAGCAUCCUAAUACUUAUGAGGAUAUUUUCAAUAUGUUGUAUCCCCCAAGUCAGAACGAGUUGAUGAAACCUUCACCUAUUCGGUAUCUUCAAGUUCUUGGAGCCUUAGACUACGUCUUAAAAAUCCAUAAAGUGGACAAUCUCAUCAGGUCACAAACUUUUUCACAAGUGUUUUACUACAGUAACUGCAUCAUUUUUAAUAGAAUAAUUGGCCAAUCUAGAUACUGUGGAAGAACUAAGGCCAUUCAGAUAAGACUUAAUAUCUCUGCGAUCGAGGAUUGGCUCAGGUCACAUAAUUAUAGAAUUAGUGUUCCCGAAAGUAUUGGAGGAUUGAAUAAGCUUGUGGGCGAUGGCGAUGCUCAGUUGCAAAAUCUCCUUAAGGAAGAGAAGCUGGAGCUCGCCAACAAAGAUCCUCACUUUUUGAGAUUCUAUUACAAUUCGUUGUACCAUGUGGGAAAGAGUCAAUUACAACCAACCAUUGAAUUAUUGCAAUGGUUGCAAUGUAUGUCUCUGUUGACAGAUGAGGAGAGUCUCAUAAACACUAUUAACCAAUUUGAUUCUUUGAACUACUACCAAUUGUUCAAAGUAAUGAACAAGUUGUACAGAUAUGAAGUAGAGGAAACAAAACUACCCAAGAAAUUGACUCAGUUGGUCAAAAACCUCAUGAAUGAACAAGGAGAGACGCAGAUAGCCAGAAUGAACCAGCACUACAUGACCCAAAGCAAUUUCUUAACCAAAGAAAUCUACAUAUACUUGAACCCCAAUUUUAUUUUCGGAGUGGGGUUGCCCAACCUCACUGAGAUGAUCAGCAAGUACGGGUCAGGUCUUGGGGGUAUCAGGGUGUUGCGGAACAAGAAGUAUCAACCCUCAUUGCCCAUCAGUAUCGUUGACGAUGUGGACGACAUUCUCACCGAGAACAAGAACAACGCUUUCAACGACUCAUUUGACUAUGAUCAGCAACGAGAGGACGACGAUGCUGGUGCUGAGGACGAGGAGUUACCAGAGACCAACGAGAAGGCUCUGGAUAUCAAGGGAGACGAGUUGUUCAAGCAGGUGCAAAUGCCCAAUUCUUUGGCACACAAGCCAUGGGGAGAGGAUGAGUUCGAGUCCAAUCCCUGGUAA